AUGUUCAAAAAAUUCUCAAAAGAGGACAUUCAUUCACGCUCAAAUAUCAAAUCAUCAGUGCAACGAGGCUUGAAAUCAAAUUUCGUUACCGCAUAUCCUGAUUUAUCAAAUGCAAUAGAUAACAUCAUACCCAAGAAAUCACAAGUCAUAUUGAUAAAAUGCGAAGACAAGAUCCAGUUAUAUUCAGUUGACAAUACAAAUAAUCCCGGAGCCAACGCCAGUGAUGACGACGAGGUUACUGCUGACAAUAACGAAAUCGUCUUGAUCCAACACUUUACCGAUCUCAUACCCACUUUGAAAACCGUGCAUAAAUACCCAACUUUGUUCCCUCGUGUGCAAGUGGAUAGGGGAGCUAUCAAGUUUGUAAUGAGUGGUGCAAAUAUCAUGUGUCCCGGAUUGACUUCUAAAGGUGGUGAAUUGCCCGAGGAGAAUUUGCCGGUGGAUACUAUUGUUGCUGUUUAUGCUGAGGGGAAGGAGAAUGCAUUGGCUAUUGGGAAGUUGGUCAUGAGUACUGAUGAUAUUAAGAAGAAGAACAAGGGUAUUGGUAUUGAGUUGUUGCAUUUUUUGGGUGAUGGAUUGUGGAGUCAUAGAGAGUAG